GUCCAUGUGUGACGGACAGGUGGAUCUGGGUUUAACGUUGAGUGUUUGCUGUCUUCCAGAUUGAUGUUGGGGAGAGGAGCUAAACGCAAGUUUCGUGAGAAUGACGCUGGGCUGGAAGGCAAAGGGUGUUGUGGGCCGGGCCCAUCCCGUGUGUCGUACACACUGCAGAGACAAGCCAUCUUCAACAUCUCGCUGAUGAAGUUGUACAACCAGCAGCCGCUGACGGAGCCCAGUCUACAGAAGACAGUCCUGAUCAACAACAUGCUGCGUAGUAUACAGGAGGAGCUGAAACAAGAGGGGACUCUGCGACCUGUCUUCAUCACCCCCUCUCAGUCCACGGACACACUGAACGAUAACUACCGUGAGGUGCAGCUUCCCCCCCUCCCCCUGGCCCCCUCCUCCUCCUCCUCCUCCACCCCUCCAGCCAGCUCCUGCCUCACCCCUGCCUCCCUGCUGGAAGCGGACCCCUUCCCUGCCCCCCUCACCCCACCAGCCACGGGCAAGGCCCCCGCCCCCACGCCCAAGGACAGUUUUUCUUCCGCCUUGGCGGAGAUUGAGGAGUUGUGUCCAGCGCCCGUUGCCGGCAACGUGAGGGGCUACCAGCGCCCCGCUGAGCCGGGCGAGCUGAGCGGCCAGAGGGAUGCGGAGAUACAGGAGAACAAGCCAUCGGAAGCCAAGCCCGCAGAACCAGCACCCGGCAGCUUGGAGAUCCCCAACACGGGCUUCCUCACGGACCUGACUCUGGACGACAUCCUGUUUGCGGACAUUGACACGUCCAUGUAUGACUUUGACCCCUGCACCGCGGCCACUGCGCCCAGCGCCAGGGUGACCGCCGUCACCACCGACGAGAUCCUGAAGACACUCUCGCCCUACAGCGGCCAGUCCGUGGCUCCAAGCCAACCCUUCAAAAUGGACCUGGCCGAACUUGACCACAUCAUGGAGGUUCUUGUGGGCUCCUGAUGUGACACACGACACUCGCUCUGAAUACCCACCGCUUAUUUACAGAUUCCCUUCAGCCUUUAUAGUUUGCAAAUCCAUGGAGUCACUGCAACUUUACAAUAGUGCAUGCAUUGUUGCAACUCUACAAUGGUGCAUGCAUGGUCGCAACCUUGCAAUGGUGCAUGCAGUGUUGCGGCGUUACAACGGUGCGUGCAUUGUUGCAACUUUGCCAUUGUGCAUGCAUCAUCGCAACGCUGCGAUGGUGCAUGCAUGGUUGCAGCUUUACAGUGGUGCAUGCAUGUUCGCAGCUUUCCGGUGGUGCAUGCAUGGUUGCAACUUUGCGACGAUGCAUGCAUCGUCACAACUUUGUGAUGGUGCGUGCAUUGUUGGGACUUUACAACGGUACAUGGAUUGUUGCCGAGUAUGGUUUGCAGUUCCACCAGGACCGUGCCCACAAGCGGGAGCAUGCACGUGCUCUGUCCAUCAUGUCUCGUCUCCGAGUGAGCGGACGGACGGACUCUUGCCGCGGAGCAAGGUUGUCCUCACACACCGGCAGGCACGCUGCAGCCAGGGUUGUCCCGUGCAUGCGUUAUGUUAAGGUGCAGGCAGGCAGGCAGGCUCCACACGCGGCUGUUUUAGUUCAGCCACCGGGCACCAGGAGACGGUUAACUCUUCUAAACCUGUGGUCUAGCUGUGUUUUAUAUUUUUGUACAGGUUCGGCAGUGGAUCGCAUUGUUUUAUACAACGCUGGGUUUUUUAUACACCGGAUAGCUAUUUUGAUAGGACGUGCUCUGGCGAUCGUGAACAAGAAUACUUGUACUUUUAUACAAAGCGAUGAGUGAGGGUCGGCGUGUUGGGUGUGAGAGUGUGUAAGUGUGAGUAGCGUGGUUCACUGCUGGAGGCAGGGGGGGUUUGGGCAGACGGGCCGGCCUUUAGCCCCACACUGAGGACUGGACCCGUACAUCUUUUAACCCAUUAAUUACAGUCUUUAAUUCACCCACUUGGGGCUGAGCAUUUAGAUCAAAACCAAAGUUUGUCAUUGACAGCAUCGACUAUACAGGGACAGAACCCCCUCCCUCUCCCUCUCUCCAUCCCUCCCUCCCCUAUCCUGGUUCCCCCACCACUCCGGCUGCCCUCAUGAUCAAAUAUUACCGAUUGUAUCUCGUUGGCAUCUUCCCACCAACUAACUGGGAUCCAUUCCACAUUUUCCUUCAACAUCGCCCCCUUUGAUCUCUCGUUUUCACUCCUUGCCCUUCCAUAUCUCUGUGUCUCCCUCUCCCCCUGACUGUCAGUC